GUAAGUGUUUACAAAUGACAUCCGUCAAAGUGUAUACAUGAAAAUACGGUACUGUGUUGGCUAUUCAAGGCAUCUAACUUUAACUAAUUUCUCAGUGAAUAUCGUAAAAAUUCACAUUAACUUACUCUAACCCAGUGAGAGAUGGAGAACAGAAAGGACUCUGUUAGUAUUAAAGAGGAACCGUUUGAUGAUUGGUCAGAUGUCGGCGAAUAUUAUGCCGAUCGAGUAGAGUCGGGCAAAGCCGAAAACUUUGGAGAUCAAUUAACGAUAAAUGAACCAUCGGCCAAUAACACGAAUGAGUCUAUGCCAUUACAGGAGGGGUUAGACGGGAUAAUUUUGGUGGAUUUCGAUAGCAAAAAUGUAAAAAAUGAAGUUGAGUUUUCAUCUACAUCCAUCUGCAAAACUGUGAAUCAAAUUUGUCAACCUAUUGUGAAAUUAGAAAACGAAACUCAGACCCAUGACAUCAAUGACGAUAUUGGCAUCGAUUUCGAGUGCAGGGAUGUUAAGCCUGAAGUAAAAACCUCAUUGACAAACAUCAGUCCAUCUACUGUGAAAACAGAAAGUCAAUAUCAAACACAUCACUUGAAUGAGAAAAGGUUGAUAAUUUUAAUAAAAAAAGGAUUCGAUUACGUUAAUAACUGUCAAUUUAUCAGUGGAGAAGCAAAUAUGAAACCGACUCACAAGGGCAUUGGAGCACUUGAAUGUAAAAUUUGCAACAGGUCAUUUGCAAACAAACAAAACUUAAAAAAGCACAUAAGUACAGUACAUAAGCGGAGCACACCCUUUGAAUGUAAGAUUUGUAACAAAUCAUUUGUACAAAAGAGUAGCCUCAAAAGGCACAUAGUUACAGUACAUAAGCGGAGCAAAACCUCUGAAUGUAAGAUUUGUAACAAAUUAUUUGGACAAAAGAGUAGCCUCAAAAGGCACAUAAUGGCAGUACAUGAGAGGAGCAAACCCUUUGAAUGUGAUAUUUGUCAGAAAUUAUUUGGACGAAAAAGUGAACUUGAAUCUCACAUAAGUUUAGUACAUCUUCGUAGUAAAGCCUUUGAAUGUGAUAUUUGUCACAAAUCAUUUGGACUAUCAAGUAACCUCAAACGUCAUGUCAACGCAGUACACGAUCGUAGCAAAACCUUUGAGUGUAAAAUUUGUCUUAAUUCAUUUAGUCAAAAACAUCAUCUCAAAUAUCACAUAAAUUCCGUACACAAUCAUAGCAAACCUUUUGAAUGUGAUAUUUGUCACAAAUCAUUUGGGCACAAAAGUCAACUCACUACUCACAUGAAGGCGGUACAUAAACGCGAAAAACCUUUCGAUUGUGAGAUUUGUCAUAAAUCAUUUGGAUAUCAGAAUGUACUGAAAAGACAUAGA